GAUACAUCUACUUCCAAGCCUCGUGAUUGAAGCGGGACCAGCUGAACCAACCCCCCCGCGGGGAAGCAGCGGCAUUUUACACACUCUUGGAAUCAUCACACCUAGAGCCUGAUUCGCACCUACAACCACAGAGCAAACCCUAGACUAAUUAAUGACAGACUGUCGCCAACAUGGGUUUCUGCGAAUACUGCGCCAAGAUCCCCUCUAAGCUAUUCAGCUUCCGCCGCGAUGAGCAGUGCACGUACGACCACCAGCCCUCGCUCAGCGCGCUGCAAGACUCGGCCACGGCAGGCUGCAACGGGUGCCGCCUCGUUCUCCAUGCCAUCGCGAGCAGCGGCUCCGAGCACGCCGGCAAGUACGUGCUGGCGAGGACGUGGAGCCCCGACGAGCAGGUGCGCCUGAGCAGCACCAAGUUUGGCUGGCAGGUGGUGCGCGUCGGCUGGAAGGAGGCGGGCCACUUCCGCACCUUUGCCGUCCCAGCUGAGUGGAAUAGCGAAGAAGCAGCAUCUGGCCCGGGGGCGGGAGACCAAGACAGCGCCGCCCACCUGCUUCACGAGUCCCGGCUGAUUCGGCGUUGGUCGGAGCUCUGCCUAGCACACCACACGGACUGCGGCACAGCAACACCGUUCCUGCCGACGCGGCUCAUCGACGUGGGAACGGCCGCCAGGCCCGAGCUGCGGCUGGUUCUGGGCGCCGACAUGGCAGACAAAAACGCCCGCUACCUCGCGCUGAGCCACUGCUGGGGCCGGACGAUGCCGGCCGCCGGGCGGACGACGGCGCAGACGCUGGCGCGCCACCGCGCGGCCAUCGCGCCGGGCACGCUGCCGCGCACCUUUCGCGACUUUGUGGCCAUCGCGCGCCGCGUCGCCGCGCGCUACGUGUGGAUCGACUCGCUGUGCAUCGUGCAGGACUCGCGAGAGGACUGGGAGCGCGAGGCCACGCAGAUGGCCGCCGUCUACUCGCACGCGCACUUCACCGUCUCGGCGUCUGGGUCCGCCGACGGCCGCGGAGGCUGUCGUGUGGUAGAUGAUGUGCGGUCCUUCGGGCCUGUUGAUUUGCUGUGCCGUGUCGAUGGGGAGGGCGCAGUCGCGGAAAAGACGUUUCGCCUGUGGAGCAGAGACACGUUCCCCGUCGGGCAGGUGCUGUCGUCGGACCCGCUGACGGCGCGCGGGUGGUGUCUGCAGGAGCGGGAGCUCUCGCCGCGCGUUGUGCACUUCUCCAAGGACACGGUGCGCUGGGAGUGCCGCGGGCUGCGGGCGAGCCUCGAGUUCCCGUGGGGCGACGCGGCGUCGUUCGACGUGGGCCGGCUGCUGGACGGCGGGUCGGCGGCGCGGCCGACGGCGCUGGGCAUGCCCAUCAACGACUCGACGCCGCUGGACGACGCCACGCGGCAGCGGCUGGCGUGGUUCGAGCUCGUCGACCGUUACACCAGCCGCGCGCUGACCCACCAGGUCGACAUCCUGCCGGCCUUCUCGGGCAUCGCCCGGACCAUCGCCAACAGCACGGCCGACGAGUACUGUGCGGGGCUGUGGCGGUCCUACUUUGCCCACUGCCUGCUGUGGGCGAGCAACUGGCACGUCGGCCGCGGGCUCGCCCAGCACAGCCGCCCGCCCACCUACCUGGCGCCGACCUGGUCCUGGGCGUCGGUCAAAGGCCCCGUCCACUACCUGUCGUGGGUCAACGGCUACUACCACACUUUCAACGCGCAGCCCGACCCCGCGUACGUGCCGCGGCUGGUCGACGUGGCUUUGCAGACCUCGGCGGACCGCUACGGCGUGCUGCUGCCGACCGGCUCCGCCACGCUCGCGGGCAAGGUCCGGAUGGCCUAUACGCGGCAGGAGCUGUACGCGGUGCCGCAGGACGCCUCAAACACCAUCUUCUCGCCCGGGGCGCAGGACCGGCUCACGCUGUACGGGCCGACAGCUACGGGGCGGUCCGGCAAGGUCGGCGAGAUCCGGUAUGACGUCCCGCUGUGUACCGACUGUGCGCCCGUGGGGACAAUCCGCGUUGUUUGGCUGUUGUGCUGCAUGAACAGCAAGCCGUCGCCGGAUGGGAGCGUGCGCACGUUCGCCAUCGCGCUGCAGGGCGAGAGGACGGGCGCCGGCGCAGGGCUGCAGGAGCAGUUCCCUACGCACGUCCCGGCGCGUUUCCAGAGAGUCGGCGUGGCCUGGGGCAUCGACUCGGCGUUUUGGCAGGGGGCUUUUAUAAUACCGGUCACGAUUAUCUGAGGGGUGGGAUCGUGGGAUUUCAAAAGUGGUUGACUGCGUAUGUGUGUGCGUGUAUGUGUGUGUGCGUGUAUGUGUGUGCGCGUGGAUUUGUGUGUUAUGGACCCCUGAUUCCACAUCAUUCUAGAACUAGUUACCACCAAACAAGAAGUGCCUACACAUGCGUCGGAACGCGCCGCAGACUUUUGAAAGGACUCGAAAAUGACAGGUAUAUAUAUAAAUAUGUAGUAAACAAUAUAGGCUAAACCGGGACAGCCCCAAGCCGGGCGCGCCCUGACAGAAUAGUAGCAGCAAAUCCC